AUGUCGGCAGUCGCGGUACCACCACUAGCAGCUGCUCCCUCAAGACCGCAGGGAAACGCGGCUUCUCCGUCGAUUGCACUGAAUCGAGCGGCAUCGGACGGCCAAGGAACGGAGUUGGCGAAAGGAGACGCCGGGAACGCGUGCGGCGGCGGGGAGGCGGACGUUCUAUCGGCGGAAGGAAAGGCGGACGGUGGGAACGGGGAAGAGAACGCGGAAGGGGAGGCGGGGAAGUGGAGAGUGAUCGUGGGGCUGCAGCUCGCGCCGUCAAAACCGGCGGCGGCGACAUCCGGAGCGAAUGAUGAUGGCGAGAAUGCGCAAGGGAGGGCGAGAAUGAAGAAGGAGGGCAAGAAUGCGCGAGGGAGGACGAGAAUGAAGAAGGCAAGGGCGAGAAUGAAGACGGUAAGGGCGAAGGGGAUGAUGGUGGGUUGGGUUGGGUUGUUUACCCAAGAAGAUCCGCCGCGCGCUCCAGCAGGGCGCUUGACUGACAUCGGUGUGAUGGGGCUGCGCUGCAGCAGCUACUUCCCCUUUCCCACUGCUGCAUUUUUUGCUGUCCUUUCUUCCUCCAAUUCUUCUUCUUCUUCUUCUGCUGCUGCUGCUCCUGCUGCUGCUGCUGCUGCUCCUGCUGCUGCUGCUGCUGCUCCUGCUGCUGCUGCUGCUGCUCCUGCUGCUGCUGCUGCUGCUGUUCUGUCUGUCACGAAGGAAGGGAGUGUGGCCGAAGAGCAUAAGGAAGAGAGCAAAGCAACACCAGCGCUCCGCACAUCACACUCAGCACUAUACGCCCCUGAAAACACAACAGCAGCCAUGAAUUCUGCUGUACCCACAGGCGGCCUUUCGGAUGCUCUUGCUCGUAGUGAUCUCCCCGGUGCUGCUGAGCACGCAUCUCCAUAUCACGGCGUGCUACCCCCUGCCUAUCUCCCUCCUCACCACCACCUCCUGCCGCCCAAUGCCAUCCACUCGCCGCCCCUCAACUCCUCCCCCACUUGCACAUUCGGAUCCUCCGCGGCUGGGAUUGCAACCGCCGCUUCAUCCAUUGACGCCGCUGCUUCUUUCAACCAAUCCUCAAGCGCCACGUCGGCUGCCGCGAUAUCAGGAUCCGCCACGGGGAACGGCUCUCCGUCAAUUGCGCUGCAUCGCGCGGAAUCGGACGGCCAAGGAAUGGAGUCGGCGAAAGGAGACAUGAUCGGGAACUCGUGCGGCCACGCGGAGGCGGAAGGGAAGGCGAAAGGGGAGGCGGAAGUCUCUUCCGCGGAAGGAAAGGUGGAAGAGAACGCGGAAGGGGACGCGGGGAAGUCGAGAGUGGUCGUGGGGCUGCGGCAGCUCGGAAUGGCGACAUCCGUAGCGGCGGAUGUGACGCCGCAAUGA